UAUCUAAGAGUGUGGUGCGUUAGCUUCGCAAUUCUGAACUUAUGACCUGUCUGUCGAUGAAUUCUUUGCCAUUCUGUGGAUUGUUGAGUGGCAAGCUUAGUUCAAUCUAGUUGAACUCUGGUCUGAAUCAAGUAAAUUAGGUACGCCUAUCUAAUUUCUAUUCUAAGAUAAUACGAUGCAAUUUUCGAUAUGGAUCUAUAUUGCUUUAAUUAUCACUCUUUUCAUUAUAAUGUCGGCAGAAUCAUGGAAAUCGGAUAAAGUGGACUUGUCAAAUAAGAAUCUUGAAAACGUAGACUUUUUUAAGACAUAUCAGCAUGACAUAGAAGUACAUACAGUGAGAGAGCUGAAUCUCAGUGGAAAUUCAUUAAAUAGUUUUCUAGAUUGUGCGACGAGUUUGAACAACUUAGAGGUGUUAGAUCUUUCGCGAAAUCGUUUGGACCGCUUUUUCUUUCUCUGUAGAAACGAAUCAUAUGACCUACGAUUUUUAAAUGUUAGUCACAACAAACUUGAAUAUAUAGACGAAAAUGCUUUAAAUCACAGAACUGGCAAACUGAAGGUAUUGGACAUAUCAUGGAAUUUAUUAUCAGGAAUCAACGAUACUGUUCUGCAACACAUGAAGGUAUUGGAAUUUGUGUCUUUCGCAAGCAACCCUAUAGGUGACAAUAUAGAAGAAUUAGUAUUCGAAAACUUAACUACGUUGACGCACUUGGAUCUAAAGAACAUUUCUGCAACAUUUAUCAGUCCGAAACUUUUUGAAAACUUGAUCAAUCUUGAAUAUCUUGAUUUAUCCCUAAAUCCGAUAGAGGCAAUUCCAUCAUUACCUUACGACAAGCUGGAAGUUUUGGAUUUAUCUCAGACGAAUCUCGUGAAUCUGGGAAAUCUUAAAUUACCAAAUUUACGUGAACUCAAGCUUAAUAACAUGCCUAAUCUAACGAUAGUAAUUCUCAGUGAUUUUGAGAAACUACCUAAUUUAGAAGUCUUGUCAAUGAAAGAAUGCAAAAGAUUGACACAGUUGAGGAUCCGGCCGCAAAAUCCUAAUCUGCUAUUUCAUCUAAGAUUCUUGUAUAUUCAAAACUGUGCGAUUGAAACAUUGAGCAGUGAGCUACAAUCGAUAAUUCAGAGGACUGCAGUUUUUGAGUUUCAAAAUAAUCCUUGGCAUUGCGAUUGUCGGAUGAAAUGGAUAACAGUAGUGAACACUACACACAACUUGAGCAAUACAACUAAGUGCAACUCUCCGGCCUCAGUACAUAACAAAGUAUUUAGUGAAAUACCUCCUACCGAACUGCAAUGUCAAGUCGAAGGAUACAGUUUUUCUCCGAUUCUCUGGGUCUGUGUUACGUCAGCAAGUUUGGGUCUAGUUGUUGUGGGAUCCAUUUUGAUGUUUAAGGAAUCACUGACCCACUGGAUUAUUAGAAGAAGAAGAAUAAGUGGAGACUCUGUCUCAUACACCAAUGUUAUAGAAUCUUCUAAUGAUCUCGUGAAAAUAUUGACUGAAAGUGAUGUUCAAGAUCGUUUCGAUGAAUGCAUAAAACCUUAAGUUUUAGUUUAAGCUUAAGUAUUGAUUUUUAAAUUUAAGUUUUUCCGGUUGGGUAUUAGUAAGGUGCGUUGAGGCCUUUCGGGGGCUUACCAUAAAAAUUUAAUAUUAUUUAAAAUUCUUUAUGAAUGAAUUAAUGAUUAAUUUAAAACUUAAUAACUUAUAUACCAAUUAAAAAUGCUAAAAAAAUGUAAUCAGUUAACUAUCCAAUCACUUUUUACUUCCGAAUUCCGAUACAUAAAUGUGCAUUUCAGAAAAAAAAGUCAAUAAUAUUCUAGAAAAUUUAAUUUAGCUAAGAAUAAUAAACUAAGACUGGCCAUGAAAAUAGGAAUAUACGUCAGAAUUAAUUUUCUGCACAGGAAAAAGAGUUGAGCGUCUUAAAUUAUUUGGUGUUUAAAUUAUCAACACCGAAUCAAUGUAAAGCAUCAUAGAACCAAAAAAAUCUCCUUGACAACGAAUUUGAAAAAUAAAAAUUCUGAAGAUGUGCGAAA